AUGAAGCUCGUCCGAUUUUUGAUGAAAUGUGCCAAUGAAACGGUCACUGUGGAGCUGAAGAAUGGCACAAUCCUUCACGGAACCAUCACCUCUGUCUCCCCUCAAAUGAACACCUCUCUCCGCACCGUCAAGAUGACCCCGAAGGGCCGUGACCCCGUUUCCCUCGAUACCAUCAACAUCCGUGGCUCAACGAUCCGUUAUUACAUCCUCCCUGAUAGUCUUCCUCUUGACACCCUCCUCGUGGACGAUGCUCCCAAGCCGAAGAACAAGGCGCGAAAGGAGACCGGAGAUCGUGGCCGCGGUGGCCGCGGUGGCCCACGAGGCCGUGGUGGCCGUGGAGGACCUCCCCGUGGUCGUGGUCGCGGUCGUGGUUUCUAA